ACAAAAAAGAUGUCUAUUAUUAUGUUUAUGAUCAUGUAGAGAAAAUUAAUUACUCUAAGUUUUGGGCUGAUGUAGUCAAAUUGCACGGAAUCAUGGACAUGUACAAAACGCAGAGGUUGAAGGGAUCUAGGGGUCGGCGGGAUAAAACAGAAGUCAGUUGCUGUAUGAAGUAUUUGAUGUUUGGAUUUAACGUAUUGUUUUGGCUGGUUGGAGCAGGGAUAUGUGCAAUAGGACUAUGGGCGUGGACAGAGAAGGAUAUGUUCUCCAAUAUUGGACAGAUCACCAGCGUGACCCUUGACCCCGCUCUGUUCUUUAUUAUCACUGGUGGAGUCAUGUUCAUCAUUGGAUUCUGUGGCUGUAUUGGGGCCCUCAGGGAAAACACCUGUCUGCUUAUGUUUUUUUCUGUAGCAGUGGGGCUGAUUUUUGCCAUGGAACUACUGAUAGGUAUUCUGGCUUUUGCAUACAAAGAUUGGAUAAAAAAUCAGAUAGAAUCUCAGGUGAAGAAUAUGAUAAUCAACUACAGAGAAGAUUUAGAUUUACAGAACCUCAUAGACUGGGUCCAGCAGGACUGGCUGAAAUGUUGUGGGGUGAACAGCUACGCAGACUGGGAACUGAAUCGUUAUUUCAAUUGUUCGUCCAAAGGCAGUAUAGAGGCAUGUGGUGUUCCGUUUUCAUGUUGUAAACCAACCAACGAUGUAAUAAAGAAUCGACACUGUGGAUUUGGGAUGAUCAGUAAUGCUGACAGGGAAACGAAGAUUUACACAGAAGGUUGUAUACCCUCAGGGGAGAAGUGGCUAGGAACCAACCUUAUCCCCGUAGCAGCUGUCGCCGUGGGGAUUGCUGUUGUACAGAUUUUAGGUAUCUGUUUUGCAUCCAUUUUGAGAUGUGAUGUAAAUGCCCAGAAGGCAAAGUGGGGAUAUGAAGACUGAAAUUCAGCAGCUACAAACCUCUCUUCUGUCCUGUGUUAUAAAUCUGACUCUCUUAUUUCUGUAUAACUCCUUAAUCUUUAAGCCAUUUCAGUAAUAUGUCCUAUUUAGAUGCAUGUACAUGUAUAUAGGGAUUUGCAGAAGUUUCCUGUGUGAUUCAUUCCAUGUUUAACAGAUCUUUUAUUUUGUUGAUAUACACGUGUUUGUCUAAAUAGGGAAAAAACAUGUAUAGAAUAUUAUGUUUCAAUAGCUGAAGCUUUCUCAUAGUCCAAUGUACAUUAACCAAGCAAUUUUGUAUGAUUAUAUACAUAUUUUCUAUUGUUUACAAAACUACACAAAUAGUUCAAUGACAUUUUAAAAUAUAUACUUUUCUGCAUUUUGUUCUGAUUAUUGACUUUUAUUUCCACAAUUUGAUGCUUAAAUUGUCUCAAAAUUCCCACUUAAAGGUCUAUUUUUGGCAUAUUAUUUCAUGCAUAUUCUUCGUAAAUUGGUUGAUACAUGCAUAUCAAGUUUUCUUCUCUCUUAUUUUCUUUUGAUACUAUUUUAUACAUUUACAUAAAUGCUUAAUUGUUUACAAAAUUUGUUGGUAUUGGUACAGCUGUACUUACAUGUGAUUGGAAACUGAUCACUCCCAGAGUUUGCUUUUGGAGUUCUAGUCAGUGCUUUGUUCCCUGUGUGUGUUUACAUCUGUAAUUUACAGCUGUUUUGUCUAGUGAUUUUUCUGAGUUGGUUUAUGUGAUUUUAGCCUUUUCAGAUGGUUGUGUAUUCCCUUUUACAUUCUUCUUACCUUAAAAAGACAUAUUUUGCUUUAUUUACAACUUGGUUAUUAUUUUACAUAUACAUAUAUAAUUAUAUAUAUUGAUAAUUAGUUGUGAAUUAUAUAAUCAUUAAUUUUGUCACACAAGUUUUAAACAUCAAAGAAUGCCUAUAACAGAAAGCUCUAUAUUCUUUGAUAGAAGAACAAAUUCCAAUAUCUACUGUGAAACUGUGCUUAAUGCGUGUAUAAGUAUGGAAAGGGCUAAUGUAGGGAAAACCUGUUUCUCAGUCCAUUUUUGUUUUAUUUCAUAAUUCAUGCUUGUUCAAAUCAAUGCUUGUAAAUGUAAUUUGUUUUCUUUUUAAUGCUUUAUUUUUGAAGCCUUUUUUCAUAUCUAUAUGUACAAACAAAUACGAAACAAUUUACACCCACUCAUCACUAACACACACACACACACAGUGCACUUUCUUUAUAAUAAAGAAGUGUACAUAAUUAGAUAUGGCAGUUAAUCAUGUAAUUUAUUUUAAAAAAAAAAAAAAAAGUCAAAUUUGUACUUAGGCCAUUCCAAGUUUUUUCUAUGUUUAGCGCCCGCGUGCGCCUUGGUUUUUGACACUCCAUACCAGAAAAAACAAACAGAAUCAGGAGUCCUGAAAUCAGUUAUUCUGGUCAAUUUUUUUUAAUUCUGUCAAUUUUUUAUAAAUAUUUGUCUUCAAUAUGUCAUAUUAGGAAUAUUUUAAGCAUUUAAUACCUCAGUUUUGCUGAAGAAUAGAUCUUUCAACGAGGAAAAUAGAUUUAUCAAAUCUUUUGAACAACGUCAU